AUGUAUUUACUUCACGCACUUGGUGUUAUUGUACUACAGCUGAUCCUGACGACGGGUGCUGACCAUGGGGGAUUGAAUACGCAAAUGGAAAGGGUGAAUCUCGCCGGAGAUCUAACUAUAAAAUCCGAAUCUAUAGUUGGAUUAAGGAGAAAGAUGAUCCUUCCAGACAAAAAGCAUCGUAAGAAAUCGAUGACCACAGGGGCUAGUCCAUGCACAGGAGAUUCCAAGAAGCCAAUAUACCAAAUAUCUGGUUUCCAAUUCAAUAAGACAACUAUAGAAGCUGGAGAAAGGGGUAUGACGCAUUUCCAAUUGGACGAUGUGGUGAACAAGGCAACUAUUCCGUGCACAACGCCAUUUUUACAGGACACGGACGAGCCAGUAUGGAAUGAGUGCGAUGGCGACUUUGAUGUAGCAAGCCCGAAAACUACAUUCCAAUAUACGCCAUCGAGUAGAGAGCUUGAAGUCAAUCAAAUGUGGGUAUGUGAAACGGAGAAUAGGACUCACCCUCGUCCUUAUUUUUCAUCAGCGACAAUUGAUCUUACCGAGUUGCUUGAAUGUAUCGAAGAUGAAAAACAAACCAGGUGUACCGUUGCAGAUGAACUGGUGUCUCCAUUUACCGGCAAAUACAUAACCCCAAUCUGGACUUCUGGGUCAAUGGAAAUAAUUCCCCCUUCUGAGAAAGAGGCCCCAGGCACUCCCUGGAAUCCAACCCCAUGCAUCGGGCCAUCGUUCAGUUACCCGAACUGGGACGUGGAAGACUUUGCCUACGAGGGUGCUAACGAUGAAAGCUCCGUAAGCUUUCGCUUAAAUAACCACGGUAAUAACCAAUCGACAAAAUGCACAGUUCCAGAAGGCGAAUGGGCUAGCUGUGACAAUUCAACAAAUGUUCGGUUUACUGAGGAUACCGGAAAACUCUCAAUCAGACAGAGUUGGGUUUGCAACGGAGGAGACCGAUAUUCAGAAAAUGUGACAUUCAAGGCAGUCGGCAGUGCAUCCAUCGAUAAUCGGUCAUCCAACUCUACUUAUAUCAGAGGAUCAUUAAUUGAGCCUAUUGAACUAACUCCAAACGUUGCGCCAGAAGGAGUUAACCAUCCGGGCUGCAUUGAGACCUCCGAAACACCAUCGUGGAUAGUGACAUCGUUGGUGUGGAAUGAGAAGUGGCGAGACGGAUAUAACUCAGGCAAUUUGACUGCUACUUUUCGUAAUCCUGCGAACGGCUUCAGUCUCUCCUGCACAGGGGAUGGCGAAGAACUGAAUCGUGAUGGGAGAUACGGCAACGAGAGAUGGUGGGGAUGCGCCUUGGCCACUUCUCCCUUCAGCAAUUAUAGGGUUGACACAUUGAUUAAACUCAACCCUCUUACAGAAGUCUUCUCCAUAGACCAGCGAUGGUAUUGUAAUGGCCACGACAGUAAACUUCCGGCCAAGUUAAAAGCAGUGGGAAAUGUGAACACCACAUUGGAAUGCUCCUGGACGAAUGAAACUUGGGCCAAGUCAUUCAUCAAGACUUGCUAUCAAACGGAGUUGCCAUUAGAGGUCCAAGGAAGCGUAAUGGAAAAGACAGAGCUUCCCGAAAAUAUAUUCUUCGAAAUGGCGCCUAGCGGUUAUAGUUGCACAAUUGCCUCCGUUCUCUCAACUCAAUGGAGAGCAGAAUGGAUGUCGGACUCUCUUUAUACAAGCCCCACGUUUGCCAACAACUUCGAAACGACGGAUCGAUUCGAUAUUACCUUCGUCGCUUUAGACGGCUUCCAAGGCGUGAGAUAUAAAGAUAUUUCCCUUACUCCUUUCAUGCGCACGAGCGAGCCCGGACGCUGGCAUGACUGCAAGAACUACGAAACAGGCGAGGAAACAUCUAACGUAUGGGCAAGUCACUCUCUCGAAUGCAAGUGGCAGCUCGAUCUUGCGACAGGUUAUUUCGCCAUUAAUCAUACUUGGUUCUGUGAUGACAAGGAUCCAGAGUAUCCAAUCAUCUUCAAAGGUUCUGGAAGUAGAUUCUUUGACUUUUCCUGCUAUAUCGAUCGUCGUAGCGAUGAGAUUUCAUGCAACCCGACCGGGUUGAAUGUCGCGCCAGUAUUACCGACGUAUUUAUCCUGGAGAAGCAUUCCGGCUGCAGAGCUUAGAACUUAA